AUGUCAAGAGGUCGAUCACGGACGAAACAACAAGCCCGUCGUACCGGAUCGUCCUCUCCUCUGGGCCAGUUAUUCGAUCACGGGUGUGACAGUGUGUCCACCACAUUCCUGACUAUCGCCACGGCUGCCAGUGGUAAUUUGGGUUCCAGCUGGAUGACGCUUGCCCUCAUGUUCUCGGUUAUGAUUCCCUUCUUCGUCUCCCAAUGGCAGGAAUACCACACACGCGUGAUGAGCACCAACAUAGGCAUUAUCGGUGUGACUGAGGGACAGUGUGCCUCGAUGUUCAUACACGUAGUUGCCGCACUGUUUGGACCCAAGGCACUAUACACGGAGCUGUUCUGGGGCAUUUCCAUCCUACCGUACGGACUGUACGCCAAUUUCAUAGUUAAUUUCUUGCUCACUACGCUGCCAAUGUACGCGGUCAUCACCAAGGCGAAAGAUGCGAAACGCGCUUUCGUGGAAUUAAUUCCGAUUUUCCUUCUGGUGAUCUUUGGCUUCCUAUGGGCACUCGAUGAAGACGAGACGAGUGUUUUCAAAAGGCAUCCUCGGUUGGUGGGAGGUCUCCUCGGCCUGUUAUUCACGCAUAUGACCAACCAGAUGAUUCUGAGUGCUAUGACACACGUCCAAUACCCCAUCAUGCAAUGGAUCCUUGUCCCACUACCAUUUGUUUUCGCUCAGUCCUAUUUCCAUCUGUCUCCGCGUCAUGAUGGAGUUAUCCUGGGCAUCUACCUCGGCAUGGCCUUCAUGGAAUCUGCCAGAUAUGCACUUCAGCUGAUUGAGGAGAUCACUGCAUUGUUAGGCAUUAACUGCCUCACUCUCGAGAAGAAAUUUGAAAAAGAUGAUUAGUUAAGAAAGACGCUACGUAUGACGAUAUUAAAACAAUGUGUCAACUAAGAUAGGUAUGGGAUGCUGUGCUUUAAAAAAGAAGAUUGAGAAUAAUUC